GUACACCGCUUCCGGAAGUGGCCUGCGCCACCGCCCUACGCGGAACUGCACGUGGGCCCGGGCAGAGGCUGCUGGCCAUAAGCUCGCCCCGAAUCUUUGGUGAUUCCCAGGCCGCGGCGACCCGUUGUCCCAUGUCCAGCCGGGCUCAGUGAGACGGGAGUCUCGCUCUGUCACCCAGGCUGGAGUACAGUGGUGUGAUCUGAGGUCUCAGCUCACUGCAACUUCCACCUCCCAGGUUCAAGUGAUUCUUCUGCCUCAGCCUCCCCGCCAACCCAGGUACCUGGGAUUACAGACGUCCACCACCACACCUGGCUAAUUUUUUUUUUUUUUGAGAGGGAGUUCCACUCUUUUUGUUCAGGCUGGAGUACGAUGGCACAAUCUCGGCUCAUGGCAAUCUCCACCUCCCUGGUUCAAGCGAUUCUCCUGCCUCAGCCUCCCGAGUAGCUGUGGUUAUAGGAGUGCACCACCACACCCAGCUACUUUUGUAUUUUUAGUAGAGACAGGGUUUCACCAUAUUGGCCAGACUGGUCUCAAACUCCUGACCUCGUGAUCUGCCUGCCUCAGCCUCCCAGAAUGCUGGGAUUACAGGCGUGAGCCACUGUGCCUGGCCUUUUACUACUUUUAUUAUUAUUUUUGAGAUGGAGUCUCGCUCUGUCACCCAGGCCGGAGCAGUGGUGCAGUCUUGGCUCACCGCAACCUCCACCUCCCUGGUUCAAGCGAUUCUGCCUCAGCCUCCUGAGUAGCUGAAGUUACAGGUGUGAGCCACCAUCCCUGGCUAAGUUUUGUAUUUUUAGUAGAAGCAGAGAUUUGAGAUGGGGUUUCACCAUGUUGGCCAGGUUGGUCUCGAACUCUUGACGACAGGUGAUCCACCCACCUCAGCCUCCCAAAGUGCUGGGAUUACGGGUGUGAGCCACCGCGCCCAUCCUAUUUUUAAAUUUAUCUUGUUAGAGGGAGUCUCUCUCUGUUGUCCAGGCUGGAGUGCAGUGGUGCGAUCUCAGUUCACCACGGCCUCUGCCUCCUCAGCCUCUGAGUAGCUGGGACUACAGGCAUGAGCCACCAGACCUGGCUGAUUUUUCUCUUUAGUAUAAAGAGAUGGGUUUCACCAUGUUGGGCAGGCUUGUCUUGAACUCCUGAUCUCAGGUGAUCCGCCCACCUCGGCCUCACAAAAUGCUGAGGUUACAGGCGUGAGGCACCGUGCCCGGCCUGUGGUUGGUUUUUAAAACGAUCCCUCCGGCACCUACGUGAAAGGGGCUGGUGAGCAUGGAAGCAGGGAAGCCUGGAAGAGACCUGCGCACCCCAGAGGGAGGGAUGGCCGUAGCUGGGAAGGAGGAGGCUGUGCGACCUGAGUAAAGACGCAGGCGUCGCUGGUGUUUGCUACUUUCUCUGCCGGGCCAGGCAGCCGGGGAUGCCGGGUUGGGGAGGGCGGACAGAGCAGGUUUCCGGUUCUUGGCUUUGACACACAGCAGCUACGGAGCCUCGGGCCAUAUCGGAUCUGUCAGAGCCUCCUGCCCUGCGGGAGGAUCACUGCCAGGGCUUCGGGCCCAGAGUGAUGGCUCGAAGGGAAGGGUCUCUGCGGGCCCAGAGGGGAGGUCCCGGCCGGCUUCCCGGAGGAGGCCGUAGGGGCUGCUUGGGGAAGGGCACUGCAGUUGUUCUGGCUUCUGGCAGGGGUGGGUGCGGGGCGGCGGCAAGAGUACCCCCGUCACCCGCGCCGCGGGCCUUCCGGACGGGGGAAGCUGGACGGCUCCAACCCGCUGACUAACGGGAACCCGAGCGCAGCUGCGCGGGCGGCGCGGCAGAUGGACGGAUGGCGACCUUCUCCUGGGCGGGAACAGGCGGAGGGAAGGCGGGUCGGGGAGGAGCCCGGAGGCCUCCGACGGGGCGGGGUCUCCGGUCUCCGCCCGCCCAGUAACGCGCGGCGGUUUCCCCCGCGCCAAGCGCGCACAGAACAAUCCCGGUCCGUUUGCUUCGGGGACCGGGACCGUUCCCAUCCCCGACGCCAUCUGAGCCGGCAGUGCGCGGCCACCCUGCCCAGCGGACCCAACUGGAAAGGGCGGAGAGCGUUGCACCAGGGCUCAUGAAUUGGGGGUCCUGGCCUCAGGCCCUCGCCCUUGCACUGCCUUCCCUGACUCGGGGUGUAGUCACCCCCGUGGUAGAGGCAAAAGCUGAUGAAACCAAAGUGGGGUUCAUUCCCAGACCCGGGGGACAGCCUCAGUGACCUCCCAGCUCCAGGCGUCCGUGGGUCAGAUUUCUAGGACCAGGACGGAAGCCUCCCUCCCUCCUCUCUGCUGAGGCCUCCUGCCUGGUGCUGCUUUUCGCCCUGGCAGUCCCACUUCCCAACCCUCUUUCCAGUGAUGCCCAGGCCUCGGGGAUGCAGGGUGCCCAUGAGGUCUCCCCCACUCUCCACCCCAGGCCCCGAUGGCUCAAGAGCUCCCCACUCCAGCCAGAGUCCCUGUUUCCCCAAAGAGAGGAGGGCUCCCGCUCACCCCUCCCCUUGCCUCUGCAGCUUCCCCAGGCCCUGCCUGGACAGGCCUGCCUGCGUGCUGGGACAUGUCUGGCCUCCAAGGACAGUUGGUGGGUGAUGUUUGCAGCAGUGGAGGGGCCAGAGCUGGAGGCAGUGGCAGCGGCUGCAGAAGAUGCUUCGGAGGCUGCGGGUGCAGAAGAUGCUUCGGAGGCUGCGGGUGCAGGGUCCAGGGUGCUGCCUUUCCUGGGCGGCAACCGGCUGAGCUUGGACCUGUCCCCCGGGGGCUGCCACUGCCUGCUUCGCCUGUGUGUCCAGCAGCCCUUUCAGCUGCUGCAGGUGGAGUUCCUGCGUCUGAGCACUCACGAGGACCCUCAGCUGCUGGAGGCCACCCUGGCCCAGGUGCCUCGGAGUCUGUCCCGCCUCCGCUCCCUGGUCCUCAAAGGAGGGCAACGCCGGGACACACUCGGCGCCUGUCUCCGGGGCGCCCUGACCACCCUACCUGCUGGUUUGAGCGGCCUGGCCCAUCUGGCCCACCUGGACCUGAGUUUCAACAGCCUGGAGACGCUGCCAGCCUGUAUCCUGCGGAUGCGAGGUCUGGGUGCCCUCUUGCUGUCUCACAACUGCCUCUCCGAGCUGCCUGAGGCUCUGGGGACCCUCCCCGCCCUCACCUUCCUCGCCGUCACACACAACCGCCUGCAGAUGCUGCCCCCAGCUCUGGGGGCCCUGUCCACCCUGCAGCGCCUCGAUCUCUCUCAGAACCUUCUGGACACACUGCCUCCUGAGAUUGGAGGCCUGGGCAACCUCCUUGAGCUCAACCUGGCCUCCAACCGACUGCAGAGCCUCCCGGCCUCCCUGGCGGGGCUGCGGUCCUUGCGGCUCCUUGUCGUGCACAGCAACCUCCUGGCCUCUGUGCCAGCCAGCCUGGCCCGCCUCCCGCUCCUCACCCGGCUCGACCUGAGGGACAACCGGCUCCGGGACCUGCCCCCUGAGCUGCUGGAUGCCCCCUUUGUGCGCCUGCAGGGGAACCCCUUGGGGGAGGCCUUGCCAGACGCCCCGAGUUCCCCAGGGGUAGCCCUCGUUCCAGAAAUGCCCAGGCUAUUCCUGACCUCAGAUUUGGACAGCUUUCCUGUGACCCCUGGAGGCUGCUCCGUGACCCUGGCCUGUGGCGUCCGCCUGCAGUUCCCAGCGGGGGCCACCAUUACCCCCAUCACCGUCCGCUAUCGGGUGUUGCUGCCAGAGCCGGGCCUCGUCCCCCUGGGCCCUCAUGAUGCCCUGCUCAGCUAUGUGCUGGAGCUGCAGCCCCACGGGGUGGCCUUCCAGCAGGAUGUGGGCCUGUGGCUGCUCUUCACGCCCCCACGGGCCUGGCGCUGCCGUGAGGUCGUGGUCAGGACCCGGAAUGACAGCAGCUGGAGUGACCUUGAGACCUUCCUGGAGGAAGAGGCACCCAAGCGGCUCUGGGCUCACUGCCAGGUGCCCCACUUCUCCUGGUUCCUUGUGGUCUCCCGCCCCGUGUCCAACGCCUGCCUGGUGCCACCAGAGGGGACACUGCUGUGCUCCUCAGGUCAUCCUGGGGUCAAGGUCAUCUUCCCCGCUGGGGCCACUGAGGAGCCUCGUAGAGUCUCCAUGCAGGUGGUGCGCGUGGCUGGCCAAGAGCUGCGAGCCCUCCUGGGAGAGCCAGAGGCCGCAGUGAGCCCACUGCUGUGCCUCUCACAGAGCGGCCCCCCCAGCUUCCUCCGACCUGUCACCGUGCAGCUGCCUCUGCCCUCUGGUGUCACAGGCCUCAGUCUGGACCGCUCCCGUCUGCACCUGUUGUACUGGGCCCCUCCUGCAGCCACCUGGGAUGACAUCACAGCUCAGGUGGUCCUGGAGCUCACCCACCUGUACGCGCGCUUCCAGGUCACACACUUCUCCUGGUACUGGCUCUGGUACACCACCAAGAACUGCGUGGGAGGCCUGGCUCGGAAGGCCUGGGAGCGGCUGCGGCUGCACCGUGUGAACCUCAUCGCCCUGCAGCGGCGCCGGGACCCUGAGCAGGUCCUGCUGCAGUGCCUGCCCCGAAACAAGGUGGACGCCACCCUUCGGCGGCUGCUGGAGCGCUACCGUGGCCCGGAGCCCUCCGACACGGUGGAGAUGUUCGAGGGCGAGGAGUUCUUUGCGGCCUUCGAGCGAGGCAUUGACGUGGAUGCUGACCGCCCUGACUGUGUGGAGGGCAGAAUCUGCUUUGUCUUCUACUCACACCUGAAGAAUGUGAAGGAGGUGUACGUGACCACCACCCUGGAUCGGGAGGCUCAGGCUGUGCGGGGCCAGGUGGGCAAGGGGGUGGGCCCCCCAGGCUGCCUGGGCACAGGGCCGAGCUCUGAACCCCAUUCAAUGCCCCCUCAGGUGUCCUUCUACCGUGGCGCAGUGCCCGUGCAGGUGCCCGAGGAGGCGGAGGCUGCCCGGCAGAGGAAGGGUGCAGACGCCCUGUGGAUGGCCACUCUGCCCAUCAAGCUACCGAGGCUUCGGGGGUCCGAAGGGCCACGGCGAGGGGCUGGCCUCUCCUUGGCGCCCCUGAACCUGGGAGAUGCUGAGACCGGCUUUCUGACGCAGAGCAACCUCCUGAGUGUGGCUGGGCGCUUGGGUCCGGACUGGCCGGCCGUGGCCCUGCACCUGGGCGUGUCCUACCGAGAGCUGCAGCGCAUCCGGCACGAGUUCCGGGAUGAUCUGGACGGGCAGAUCCGUCACAUGCUCUUCUCCUGGGCUGAGCGUCAGGCUGGGCAGCCGGGAGCUGUGGGGCUCCUGGUGCAGGCCCUGGAGCAGAGUGACCGGCAGGACCUGGCUGAAGAGGUCCGGGCGGUCUUGGAGCUUGGCCGCCGCAAGUACCAGGACAGCAUCCAGCGCACGGGCUUGGCCCCCAAGGACCCCGAGGUGCCUGGCUCGUCGGCCCCACAGCCCUCAGAGCCUGCCCAGGCCUAGGCCCCACAGACUUCCGGCUGGCCUGGACUUUUCCCAGAGGAUGGGCAGAUCCCCCACCUUCAGGCCUCUCCAAUGUUUGGGGUCGGGGUUCUCCGUGCGCAUCAAACCUGCACUGUUUGA